AUGUCGUUCACCCCACCGUCUGAUCCUCGCAAACCUAAGGUCGUGAAGGUAACACAACUUUGUGAGCUCUGUCACGCACGCAAAGCUCUAAUCAAGAGGCCUAAAAAUCUGCAAAAAAUUUGCAAAUUAUGCUUCUUUCAUGUAUUUGAGACCGAAAUUCACAACACAAUUGUGUCGAACAAGCUCUUUGAGAGAGGUGAGAAAGUCGCAGUUGGUGCUUCAGGAGGGAAGGAUUCAACUGUAUUGGCUUACAUUCUGAAGCUCUUGAACGAAAGGCACGACUAUGGCAUCAAUAUUGUUCUUCUCAGUAUUGAUGAGGGAAUAGUUGGCUAUCGGGACGACUCACUUGCGACUGUUAAGCGUAAUCAAAUACAGUAUGAUCUGCCGCUUGAGAUUGUAUCCUAUAGAGAUCUGUACAACUGGACAAUGGACGAGAUCGUGGCCUGCGCUGGUAUUAGAAACAGCUGCACAUACUGCGGCGUGUUUAGACGGCAAGCAUUGGACAGAGGAGCUGCAAAACUGGGGAUUAAACACGUCAUAACUGGCCAUAACGCUGACGAUAUGGCAGAGACUGUGCUCAUGAAUAUUCUUCGAGGCGAUGUUGCACGUUUGGAGAAGUCAACUGCCAUCAUAACACAGAGCUCGGGGUCUCCGAUCAAGAGAUCCAAACCUUUUAAAUAUGCUUACCAAAAGGAAAUUGUGCUUUACGCUCACUACAAAAAGCUCGACUACUUUUCCACGGAAUGUACGUACGCCCCUGAAGCAUUCAGAGGAACGGCGAGAGAGCUGAUGAAGAAUCUGGAGGCUGUAAGGCCCAGCUGCAUACUCGACAUUAUUCAUAGUGGUGAAAAUCUCCGUCUGAAGCCGAAGCGUUUGAAACGUGCUCCUCCUCCCAGCCACGUGGAGGUUAGAAGUGACGGAUCUGUCUCAAUUCAGCGAUUAAAUGGAUUCGUCGAUGGGAAUAGAUGUGAUCGUUGUGGGUAUCUUUCUAGCAACAAAAUAUGCAAAGCAUGCAUGCUUUUGGAGGGACUAGAAAAGAAUCGUGCUAAAGUAAGUUUAGAAAAAGACACAUCUGUAGAGGGUGCGGCAAGACUGACUAGGACUCUAGAGAAGCUUGCUUUCUAA